AUGGCGGGCGUGUCGUUGACGCCAUUGACAUCAGGACAGGCGCUGUGGUACUACUUCGCAGCAGUGAGCGUGUUGGCCGCAGCGGUGGGGCUUUUGGGGAUGUUCUCGGCCCUCCUUGCCAACCGUCGUAUGGUCAAGUCAUUCGAGGCCAUCUACGUCCUCUCGCUCCUUACCCAGUUUGCCCUCACCGCUUGGGCCUUGAUCUGGUGCAAACAGAACCAGACCCAGUUCGACACCAUCUGCAAUGCCAACAAGGCUGGACUCGUCUCUCUUCCCUUGCCUUCUUUCAUGAACGAUUGGGAUUGUCAGAAGAAAUUUAUGACGAUCAUCUUAACGAUUGGUAUUGGCGGACUUGUCUGGAUCUUUUUCAACUUUUACAUGACCAAUCGGGUCAUUCAUUAUGCCAGGGAGCUGUUUGCGGAUCGUGCGGAUCGGUACAAGGUUCUGGGCGAGGCGGCGACCAAGGAGCUGGACAGGGAGCAGCAGAUUCCACUCAACUACACCAACGUCGGACGGUCUAUGCCUGCCGAGGAGGAAGGCGAGUCGUUCCAGAACUCUCACCCCCAGCAGCCUUCUUACAGGGACGAGAUUGAGUACAAGGAUCCCCGUGGCAAUAACGACUUCCAGUACCCUCGUGCCGCUGCCGCAGGAUUUGGAGCCUUUGAUGAGAGUGCUGUGCCUCAACACCAGUUGCAGCAGAGCUAUCAUGCCCAGCAGCCCCCAGCAGCCCCCGGAUUCAACCACCGCGAUUCGACUCACGAUUUAUUCAAUCCUUACCAUAGCCAGGGCGAGCAGGAACACAUCCCUAUCCCUCCAGCACCAGCACCUGUCUCUUAUUCCUCAUCAUCUGCUGUCGCCUUUGCCAUUCCACCUCCUCCUACCUCCUCAUCGUCUGCAGGAGGACAGUCCUUCACACACGCCUCGACCGCCAAGAUUGCAUCGCCCUUUGAUGACGACGAAGAUGUUGCCGGUGCGGGCAUGGGGUUAACACCAUUGACCACGACGACUUCUCGGGACGAUGUUAAGGUUCCCCUUCCUGACUCCCCUCGUGAUGGAGAUGUUCUCUCGCCGACUUCUCCCACAGGCCGCAAGACACCUCCCUCCAAUCUCUUGUAG